AUGGAUUCGUCGGACUCUAUCCAGAAAGCUCAAAAUCCAGCUGUAUGUCAAUUCUGUGACUUUUCAAGUGACAUUAAAUGGAAAUGCAUUAAUUGUGAUUUGUUUCUGUGUGAAUUAUGUACGAAUAAAAUUCAUAGCAGAAUAAAAGGAUUGUCAGAUAAACACGUCAUUAUCAAUAUCAAGGACAUAGGAACCCAAGAGGCAGCUGAAACUAUCAGAAAAGGUAACAUAAGAAACAUCGUUUGUUCUGUUCACUUAAACGAACCGUGUUUUGGAUAUUGCGACGAUUGCUCUUUACCUGUUUGUUUCGAAUGUUCUAUUGAAAACCACAAAGAUCACUCUCUGGCUAAGUUAAAUGUUUCUUAUCAAACUAAAUUAGACCAAGCUUUAGAAAUAAAUACAAUCGCAGACAAUGCUCAUUCAAAAGUUUUAGCUCAGAUUUCGAAACUUGAAAAUAUUGUUAUAAGUGGUAAUUCGAAAUAUGAAAAGACAAAACAAGACAUUUUAAGCCGAGAAAAUUUCCUGAAGAAAGUUGUUGAACAAAAGUCACACAAUCUUUUACAAGAGCUUGACAAAACUUGGAAACCAGCCGAACAGAAUAUUAAUAGCGAAUACGAAAGAUUGAAGAGCAUCGCCAUAGAUCUUGAGAAAAGCCGAAACACAACGAAAGAAGCAUUGGAGUCACAGGACGCAACUUCGGCAAUGCUUAAGUUUGCAUCAACAAUAAAACUGCAAAUCCCAGAUGUGUCAGAUGAUGCGACCACGACAAAAUAUAUGGAAUUUAAGAGAAACGAUGAUGUUAUAGAUGUUUUGACAGAAUCAUUUGGAAAGCUUGUUUCAAUGGAUUUUGUACCUUUAAAAACAUUCACUUUAGAUUUACCAACUACUUCACUCGUGAAGAUGAACAGUGAAAGUUUUUUUGUUAAUUCUAGAAGUGGACGUGUCUUAAAACAAAUACAAAUCAAUGAUCAGGACUCAGAUUUUCAAAAAUUAGAAACAGACUUGCUAGUCGAUAUCAAAGUUUAUUCUUUUGAUAUCAUGGAAGAAAAUAUUUUUUAUAUUUCUGUUUUUGACGAUACAAAAGUAAUGAUAACAACACCAAACACGGAGGAAAUGAAAACAUUUGUUGAUUUGUCUCCAUUCGUACCGCGAGGAAUUCGAAUUACAAAAGACAACGAAAUAAUGGUGGGUAUGAGAACACCAGGAAAAUUGAACGCAGAGCCCAAGCUAAACAGUGACAUCUUGGGAAAAAUUGCAAUAUUCAAUUCUAUGGGUCAAGAAAAUAUCAGCUUUCAAAUUGAUGAGACGUUUAAGUUAACUAGCCCGUCGGUAAUUUUGGACAAUACUGACAAUUCAAUUUGCCUCAUCGAUCUCAAAUCUUCAUUUAGUGGAAGAAUUGUUAAUUUCAAGAGAACAGGUGAUUUAAAUUGGACAUAUACGGGGUGUCCUGUUUUGAACAUUAGUUUGAAUCCUUUUUAUCCUUCUGAUAUGGUUUCCUCGAACUCAGGAUUAAUUGUCAUUGUAGAUACAUGUAAAUUAAGUUCAGUUGAUGUUCAUAAAAUGUCAGCUUUACAUGUACUUACACCUGAAGGUGGACUUCUGUUGACCAAGUUAGCAGUAGACAUUGGAAUUAUGAACAUUAUGCAGUGCGCAGUUUUUGACAAGAAUGAGAACUUGUGGAUAGGAUGUUGGGGGCCAAACGCAAAGCAUAACUUCCACAUGAUAAAAUUUGUACAUUAG